AUGGCUUCUGAACUCCCCGUCGUUGACGUCCACACGCCCUCAUCAUCAUUCUCAAUAGUGCAUUCCAAUGACGACUCUCUGGAGACACUAUUUGACAGACUCAGCAGGAAGACGGUGGCGGAGUUCCACGGUCAGCGUGUUCGCCCAGGUUGGGUGAAAUAUUCUUGGAAUAACACCGUAUGGAACCUUGAUGACGAUUCAGACUACGCUAUCUUCGCAUGGAGGCAAAAGUCCACCUCGCCAGGCAGUGAUAUGUGGCCGGUUCUCUACAUGCUCGACCCAGAUGAACCAUUGCCUGAACCACCCGCGUACCGCAACAUGUCCUUCUAUAUGUUCAAGCCCAAAUCAAAGCCUACGUCGCCCAAACCUCCUUCUCACGUGGAUGGGGCGUCAUUAACGAGCAAGAAGCACAAAAAUGCGCAAGCUAGGCCGCACCACGAAGUUCCGAAGUACAAGCAACAGUUCGAGAAGUUCCAGAGUGAGAAUGGUGUCCGCACCAUCAUAGGGACCAUAGGGCCGGUCAAGAAUGUCCGCAUGCUGCUGAGGGCUGGGUACCGACAUGUGUACAUUUCCCGCAAAUUUGCAAUCCAGAACGGCUUUAUACCUGAAGACGCUGCACCAGGACAUUACGGCUACAGCGGUUUAGUCAAUAUCGGCAAAUGGCCAAUCACAGUCGGCCACACGAAGAGCACCCACACCGUGUACUUGUCGGAAGAAUCUCACUUCGACGUUGUUCUUGGUCGCUCGUUCAUGGAAAGUCGUCAGGUGAAGUUGGAUCCAGUGGAUCCCACGGACGUCGUGUGUAUGGAUACCGGAGAGAAGAUCGAUUGCGAGUUGGUCAUCUUGAAGGAUGGCAAGGGACAGAUUGUAACUGUCACAUGA